UCUGCCCAGCAAGUACUUGACUCGUCCGAUGUAUUCAGCAAUUCGUAUAAAUGCGAAAAUGGUGCCAAACCCACCCCCAACUGUGUCCAUCCGUCGGAGAAGCCUACUUGCGCAUGUACUUGCAGCAACGGCAUUACUUUCAACCAGCCACUCUCGCCCAACCCUCCAACCUACCCAUCCGACGAAGCCUGCCAAAAAGCCAAAGCCGACUGCCUUUUGCGUGAGCAGCAACUAAACGCCCAACUCACCGAA